CCUGAACAAACAGUAAUCUUUGAAUUGGUUUGCUCUAACCGCAUUUCUUUGACUUAUAGACUUAGAUUUAGUCACAUUUUUUUUAGUCGUCUCAAAGUAAUUGGUAAAAAUGGUGGGUUCGAGGUACAUCUUGCUGUUCCUAGCCGUGUUUUACUUCCUGGAUGACGGUGCUGCGAUUACCUGCGAUGUGGCACCCACGGAUUCCUCCUGCAUCGACUGCCGAGUGUAUCCCACUCAUGUUGAGUGCCUUCAGAGACUUUGGGCUACAACCACGACUGCUGCCCCCUUUGCCACGGCCACCACCAAGAGAUCCCGAAUCGGCAGAAUUCGAAACUUCUUCAGCACUUUCAUAACGCGGAUUAAAAGUAAAAAUUGGUUUUAAAUAACAAAAAAUAAUAAACACUUUUGUGAGAA